AUGCUAUUCAUAUUGUAUCUAUUUAUUGAUUUUGUUCUAUCUGUUGAGAGAUCAAAAGUUAUCCCACCCGAUCCGGAGACUCUUGGACCGUAUUUUUGUGGUGGUGACUCGGUUUCUGCAUGGAGCUCCUAUUUCAUGACACUUUCAUGUGAUCAAAAUUCAAUCAACUCCUGUUGCGCAAUUCACGAUCAAUGCUACUCCACCUGCGCGCUGCCUCAAAGUGAAUGCGACGAUCAGUUUUGUAAUUGCCUUCGCAGUCUGCCCGGUUCAUCGUAUUGCCGACAACUUGUUCACUCCACUCAUUGCUCACUCGUGCAAUUCCUCGGGCACAACUACAUUUGUCCGGACAAAGCACAGCCGCCAUUCAAUCCGUUGAAGUCGUUAGAAGCCGAGCACCCACUUCCUCCACCCCUUGCUCGACCCUUUCAAGGACCACCGCCGAUACAAUUCUAUGGAAAAAGUGAAUAUAUGCCUUCUCCGUUAGAUCAGCUACAGCCACACCAUAUGCUGAACUUUCAAGGAGAUAUGGGUGAUCCAUACGAAUUGCUCUUUUCAAUGGCUUCUUCUUUGAAUAAGAUUACGGUGUCGCCGACUUCUCGAGGCCUUGGUUUGAGGGAAAUCAACGGUGAAAAGAGAAGAACUCUCGCCGGAAAUCAAUUCAACCGUCGCCUGGUGGACUCAUCACUCCGAUUGUUCAGC